AAUUAUCCAUUGUAUUUGAUGUUGUAAGGUAUCACAAAAAAGAAAAAUAAUAAGGAAAAGUAGGUGAUAUUUUAGCGGUUAGCACAGGUUUCCGAUGAUUCUUAUUUCUCCCACAAUGCAUUCCAUGACGUCACAUGAGGUACUCGCUUUGGGACGACAGACAUUGAGAGAGACGAGUAGUGAGAUUAGCAGCUAGUGAGAGAGUAAGUGUCAGAUAGAUAAGUAGAUAGAUAGAUAGAUAGAUAGAUAGAUAGAUAGAUAGAUAGAGAGAGAGAGAUCAUAGUAUAACAUAGCAUAGAUAGAUAGUGAGAGAGAGAUAGCAUAGUAUAACAUAGCAUAGAUAGAUAGUGAGAGAUAGCAUAGCAUAGCAUAACAUAACAUAACAUAGAUAGCUGAGAGAGAGAGAGAGUAGAUAUAAAUGGAUAAAAUGGUUUACUACUGUGUUUGUGCCGGGUGCAAGAACUCCAGCAAAACUGGACAUAGGGUCCAUUCCUUCCCCAAGGACAAAGGGAUCUUCCGAAGCUGGGUGCAGUUUGUCAAGGUUAGGCGGGCAGAUUUUUCAGCUAGCUCUGUCACCGCCUUCUCGAGAAUAUGCAGCGCGCAUUUCAAGGAGGAGGAUUACCACUCAGGGGAUGCCAAGAUGGUCUCACUUGGUUUAAAGAGUGAGAGGAUGGCGAAGUUAAGUCCUACCGCUGUGCCGUCUGUCCAUGCAAACCUCUCUGCCUGCCCUGUCCCGAGGUCGAGAGACACCGUCAGCCGCAAGCGAGAUAUUGCCACUGUAAGCAUCAUGCUAAUGUUUACAAGCUGCGCGUUAGCUAGCUCUGUGUGUAUUUUGCAUACCGUGUUUCCUUUGACACAGCCUCCACUACAAGCAUGAUCAGUCUGACAUUAAAAGAGCAUAUUUCGUGAUUCACGAAUAUGAGCCAAAACAAAGUAAAGCCCUGAAGUAAAUGUCCAUAUCGCCAUGAAAGCUUCAUGGCUAGUGUUGGGAUCAGUGGUGGUGAUCUUCAAGCAGCUUUCACACUUUCACUAAACAGUGUGUUUGCGUUUUGUGUUAGACUGCGGUUCUCUUUCACAUAUAUUUGACCAUGACAGUGUCGCCAGGGCUGUAGUGGAGGCUAACGCAAGUAAACACAGUUUACCCACCUCUGACAUUUCAGAAAUAGAGUUUAUCCACUUCUCACUUCAGAGUUUAGCUACCUCCCAAUACAGUAAAUACACUACCUCAUAGAGUUUAUGCACCACAUGCACUCUAGACAUUUAUUACCACUAGUAUUGAUGUAAACAUUUAACAGUAACCUUCAACAUCAUCAAAUAUGUUCUGAAUGUCUUUCAUGUAUUUUUUAAAACAUCGAGUAGCGCAUAUCAGGGUCCACUGUAAUGUAAUCUUUUUUCUCUUGUAUACCCUCUUCGCUGACCUUUUUUAUAUUUGUUUUCACAAGAUGUUGAAAGACGCCUCACAGCAGGAGACCAUGGACAGUGUAGACACUGUGGAGAGUGUCGAUACUGGGGAUCAGCUCUUGCCCUCCUCCACUUCUGAUGCUGGGACACAGUGUGAUUUGAAGCCCCCCCCAAUGGUCUCACGCUGUGCAGGUUAACCUGAAGCCCAAGAUGGUCAGCGUGGGCACACAGACGUCUUUCAGCCCACAAACCUCCACUCCCAUCGCUAGUCCUGAACAGACAGAUGAUGAUGAUGAUGAUGAUGAUAAUGCCUCUGUCAUCAGUGACUUAUCAUGGGUGCCUGAAGAGCCGAUGCAUGAGGAGGAAGUAUAUGAUGAGGAGCCACCUUACACGUGUGACCCUCACCACAAUGGCAUUGACAAAUUCAUUGUUUGCCAAGAGGAGCUGAUGGGGCUUUUUGCCAUCUGUCCGGCCUGUUGUGAGAGGUCGGACAGUAGCAUCGUGCAGCAGGAAGGAACUUUUGUUAAGAUCAAGCAGGUCUGUGCAUCAUGUGGCUACCACCGUUUCUGGCAAAACCAGCCAAUGCUCCACAGGAACAUGCCGACCUGCAACCUCCUGUUAAGUGGGGCCAUUCAUUUCACUGGCUGUUUGGCCACCCAAACAUUAAGAAUGUUGACCCUGUUUGGCCUGCAGUGCAUCAGUGCAAGCAGUUUCUUUCGACAUCAGCGCCACUAUACCAUCCCUGUAAUCGUUCAGGCCUGGCAGAACGAUCAAGCCAAGAUUUUUAGUGAUCUACGGGCAAUGGAUGGCGGGCUAGUUCUUGCUGGUGACUGCAGGUCAGAUUCUCCUGGGCACUGCGCGAAGUAUGGGUCAUACUCUCUGAUAGAGGACAGAGUGAACAAGGUGGUGGAUGUUCAGCUUGUUCAGAGCUCAGAGGUCCCUAACAGCUCAUGGUGUGAGCUUGAAGGGCUCAAGCGCAGUGUUGGCCUGCUGAGGGGAAAGGACCUGCAUUUGGCAACGCUGAUCACGGACCGACAUCGCCAGGUUGCCAAAUGGGUGAGAGAGGAGCUGAGUCCUGAAGGGACACGGCAUUACUUUGAUGUGUGGCACAUUGCCAAAAGUCUGGGGAAGGCAUUGGAUGCAGCUUCAAAAGAGUGUGACCAACUACGAUUGUGGAGGCCAGCUAUAGUGAAUCAUCUCUACUGGACUGCAGCCUCAACCCCAGAUGGCAACCCAGCGGUCAUGGAGGCCAAAUGGAGAAGUUUAGUCAACCACAUCCAGGACAUCCAUGAUUAUGACACCCCUGCCUUCUCCAGUUGUGCCCAUGGCACUCUAGACGGGGAUCAGCGCAACAAAGAGUGGCUGGAGCCAGGCUCAUUGGCAGCAGUAAAGUUGGAGAACAUAAUCAUGAGGACAGCCUUACAGAAAGAUGUUCGACAGCUGUCUCCACAGCACCAGACCUUCUCCCUUGAGGCUUACCACUCCCUUAUCUUGCACUUUGCGCCCAAGCACACAGGGUUUUCAUACCUUGGGAUGUAUAGCAGGCUUCUCUUAGCGGCGCUGCAUUACAAUCACAAUGCCAAUCGCGAGACAGCACGGAGAAGUGACGGGACGGAGAAGUACUGUGUGCGGUAUCCGCGCUUCAGAAAAGGAGCCCAUGUGGUGCCUCCCAUCAAAGAGGCAGCCUCAUACGGUUAUGCAACAUCAUUAAUGAAGGCCCUUCGGGAGAGCUACAACAAUUCACCCGCGGCUCUUCGAGAGACAAAUCCAAUUAUUUAGUUGUAAGUAUUUAUUUUAGUUGUUAGUUAUCUAAUUUCCUUCUGUCCCUUUCAUCUCAUUUGGUGGUGGUUUCCUGCAUGCUGCAUGUUUUGUUUUUUCUUUGUGUGCUGUUGCUUUGUUUUUUACUUUGCACAAAAUCAUUACUUUUUCUCGUCUUUGUAAGUGGCAAUAAUUGUCUCUGUACCCCAUUCAAGGGGUCCUGCAUGCUGCAUGUCUGCUCCUCUGUCUGUGUGCUUGGAUUUUCUUUUUUGUUGUUAUUUGCAUGAAAUAUCUUGUAUGUAAUUCAAAAUAAUUUACCAAUCAUUUUACCUGUGCCUUGUCAACCUCUGUGUGCGGUGUUGUCUGGGCUCACUGUGUGUCUGCUUGAUGUGCUUUUGCAUGUGUCACUGCAUGUAUAUGCAUGCAUGAAAUAGUAUGGGUUUGUGUGUGAGAAAGAGAACCAUCAGCUGACCCUCAGGUAAGACCACACUACUGCAGGCCAAAGAAACAAGGUGCAAAUGUUUCGGGUCUAUGUGUAAUGUGUUCUGUGUACUUUAUAACAUUUUAAGGGCAAUGGAGCGAUCACAACAGAAUAAGCAUAACAAUUAUUUUUAUUCAUUUUCAUCUAAACGAGGCCAUUGAAAGCCCUGAUAGGUCUGGUCACCACUUUGAAAUUGUUGUCUGAUGGUUGAAACCACACAAGAGGGUAGAGGCUUCCUUAUACUCCUGCCUAAAACUCCAUAAGCCCAGCGUAUAGCCUGCCUGUAUGCAGUGUACCGGUAUUGCCUAGGGAUAAGUAGGAAAGAUUGUUUAGUUUAAAACUCUGUAAGUAGGUUGGAGACAUCAUUUUAAGUCUGUUUCUUAUGCAUGUUUAUUGUGUAUGCAACACAUCUCCUCUCUCCUAUAACUGUUGGUUCAAAGGACUCAGUGUAAAAAGAUUGGUAAAGUAAACAUAAACCAUGAACAUACUCGUGCGUGCUGGCUUGAAGGGGACCAUGAUCCUGCCUGAAGUGUGAGUAUGCUAUGUGUAGCACAAACGGAUUCAGGCAGCAUGCCUCAAAUCCAGGAUGCUGCGUUAGGCACGUUAUAUUUGCUGGGCGCGGUGUGAGCUCCUAGACCAGCGACCAAAACGCGCUCACCUCCCUACAACACAAGCUCUCCACCACAGUUUCCAUGGGACGACACCGCCCACACAGACACCUGCCAAACACAGCGACACAGACACGCUUACUACUCUCUCCCUCUCCCGGUAAGCGGUACCCUGACGGUGUCAAUGACAAUCAAUCACGGGAAAACUAGUUAGCACUAUAAUCACAGUGAAGACGUGGCCAGCCUACUCGGCGUCGGUUACGUUUGCAAACAACAUUUUCACGUAAAAGCUUAGAAAUAAACACUAGGGGUUCACAGGUAGGAUCUGUCAAGCUACAUAGCUAGCAUAAUAUGCCUUCUAUUUCUAGAUGUUCUGACUAAGUUUAGGGUACUUAUCUGAGCCAACGACAUAAACACUGUCACUAGAUAUAAAGAAAACGUUGACUUUCACUCGAUGCUAUUCACUGACAGUAAAAAAAAGUUGUUAUUGUAUCCACUGCUGUUCAUAGACUAGCUCCAGCGCUCGUCGCUGCGUUUCUGAAUGGUAGCAACUCACCAGGACACUUCACCAACUCUCCAGUGAUUCUCCUCUGACCAUGCAUUUAUUUCUCUUUGAUGAUCAUCAGCUCUCGGUAUUUCCUCAUUCGCCCUCUCACGUCUAACCGGUUCGAAAUUAUAUGGCUGUGGGCCAUCAUAAAUGUUAACUGUGGGUCUUGCCACCUCUUCCUCAUCCCAGUUAGACGCCAUAGUGCUAGUAGCUGCUAUAAGGCUGAGGCUACUUCCACCAAAGAUCUGGGAUAUGACCGCAGGUCGGAUUCCUUCUUAUCUCUGCUUCCACCACGUCUACCUCAUGUGACGUCAUCGCCGAAUUGCAUAAAAAAUAACCGUUACUAACCAAAAACUCCAAAAACUGGACUUUAACACCAUUUUGGAGACAUAUCUAACUUUAUACACAUAUCUUGAGUGCUUAAUGUACCUAUUAAUUGACAGUGUUGUUUAACCUGCACCACAGGCUUUAAACAAUUAGAGCUGUGAUGUCACAAUCGGAAUUAGAAUCCUUGAACAUUCCACCAUUCAUUUCAAUGGGGCCGAAAAACGCCGAAAAACGGGAAUACCGCGAAAACGUCAAGGGCCAGCGACACGAAAGUAACAAGCAAGUUACACCGGUUCGGGCCUGAAUUUUUGGAGUUCGAACUGCCUCGAUAGCUCAAACGGUCUAGGAGCAGUAGUUCGUCCAAAAAGUGGGUGAAAAGGAAUAAUAAAUAAGAAAACUUAAGAAGAACAAUAGUGGGCUUGCUCUGCAAGCCCACAGCAUGGCUGAAAGGGCUUGCUGGAUCAAACCCACUAAUAAGAAAACUUAAGAAGAACAAUAGUGGGCUUGCUGGAUCAAACCCACUAAUAAUAAUAA